AACAAAAAAUGUCAAAAAUAAAAAUAAAAAUAAAUAUAAAAAAAAGGAGCCAAAAUUCUCGCUAUCUCACUCUCACAGCGACACUCGUAUAAAAAUUGGCAGAGAGAGAGAGUCAGAGUAACAAAUUGUUUCUGUUUGUGACUCAGACGCUGCAAAAAUGUGGAGGCGAGUGGCAUCUUCUUCCUCAGCUCAGCUUCAAGCCCUCGCAUCAGCCUCAUGCAGAUCCUCAUCUCUCAAUCUCACCCGUAGGUUCCUAAUCUCUUCAGCGUCUUCCCCUUCGUCGACGCCGUUGCCGAGAUCCCCGCCUCCCUCCUUCCCCCACGCCACCGGCGCUUCCUCUUCUGCUUUGAAGAAGAAGGUUGAGGAUGUUAUGCCCAUUGCAACGGGUCACGAGCGUGAGGAGCUUGCGGCCGAGCUUGAGGGAGGGAACGUUCUUGAAAUCAAUUAUCCAGUUGGUCCUUUUGGUACCAAGGAAGCACCAGCGAUAAUUAAGUCCUACUAUGACAAAAGAAUAGUUGGAUGCCCUGGUAUUGAGGGAGGAGAAGAUGAGCAUGAUGUUGUGUGGUUUUGGCUGGAGAAAGGAAAGCCACAUGAAUGCCCUGUCUGUACUCAAUAUUUUAAGUUGGAAGUGGUUGGCCCAGGAGGUCCGCCAGAUGGUCAUCAUUGAUCUGGCUAACAAGUUUGUUGCGAAAAUAAAAUUUUGAUUAAUUUGAUGAGGAGGCAGUCUUUAUACUGUGUAGCUUUAAUAAUUCUUUUUUGUUUGUUUACCGGUGAUGCUUAGUUGAGAUUGCGCUCGGCGAUGCUCGAGUUGGUGAUAAUUUUGGUUUCAUGGUCUGUUAAUUAGAACUCGAUUCUUUUGAGUCGCCAAUAGUUUUGAAUUGUGUCUGAAGAUAAAAUAAUCGAUUACUACAUUUUUUUUAAAGAAAA